AUGUCUCAAACUUGGUCAUCAUCAGGAUCACAAUCAUCUGCUUCAGCUACUAGGUAUGAAGUUGUUUGAUUUAUUAUGCUACUGUAACUUUUUAUUUUUGGCUUAAUUCCAUUUUAUUGUUAAUAAAUAUAACCCAGCACUGAAUAUAUUUACAAUUUUAACUCUCAUGUCUUUUUAAACAACAGCUCUCAAGAGGAAGGCAACUCCACUUUAACUAACUGUAAGUAUUUUACUGGGUAUUACUGUAAUGCAUUGGGGAUUGAUCAUUUGUUACAUCUCAGGGAGAGGUAGUGGGGUUUUUUUUGGUUUUUUUUUUUGGGGGGGGGGUUUUUUAGAUGGCAAUUUUAGGUGGAUAGUUCCUGAAGGGAAAGGGAGGUUAAAUUUUGAAUUGCUCAUCCGUUCUUUUCUUGCAUUCAAUUUGCCCAUUGAUUAUCCAGUGACCAAUCAAAUCACUCUUCCAGUUUCAGCUUGUCCCAGGGCUUAUGGCAAUGCAGGCAGCCGAGCACUGGGAACGCGGAUAGAGAAAUAGUUUAACAGUGAUAAACUAAUGCCCAAUUUUUCAAUUGGCACUUCCUCAUAACCAGGGCUCACAUUGAAAUGUUUUAUGUCUAUUGACAUUCCAAUUUUUUUUGGAAAGGGGGGGGGAAUAUUUAAUCUUGAGUUAUAACAAUUAUAUGGGGGAUAUUUUAUUGAUAGAUUUUAAAGAAAAACCACCACCCCUUCCUCAGACAUAAUAAACGAUUGAUCAGGCUUAAAAAAAAAUACCUGUGGUGUUCCGGUUCCCGACCGACCCUAUUUUUUUCUGCUGACCCUAUUAUUUUUUCCUAUUGACCGUGCUACCCUAUUUUCUCCAGGUGGUUGCAGGCUGAUCACACACACAGUUGACACCAUUGUAGCAGAUGAAACAGGUUCAAUUAAAUUGGUUCUAUGGGAGAAUACUAUCGAAAAGAUUGAAACUGGAAAGAGUUAUCACAUAGAAAGCUGCAAGAUUUGUGUUUUUGAUGACUGCAAAUAUGUCAACACUAAUGAAGACACAAAGAUAACAGAAAUUGAAGAGAUCACCAAUUUCAUGCUUGACACACCAGAUCUGCAAGACAAUCUUAUCACUGGUGAAUGUGUGGGUGUUGAUAUGAAAAAAAGCAGCUCUUGUAUCUUCUGCAAUAAAACGCUUGAGGGAUUGGACCUAACUGCAAAAAUUAUUAAAUGCCCUAACUGCAAAAUUACCAUGCUAAAAAGCUCUAUAAAGACGAAGCUUGUAUGCCAACUUCUUAUGCAGGUUGAUAAUCAAAUUCAAGUUUAUACUGCCUUCAAUGAUGCAAUAAUGCCGAGUUUUUGCUGCAACAUUGGUGAUAAAAAGAUUGAAGAUAUGGAAGAUGAGGAGUUAACUCUUGCAUUACUCAACGCUGGUUCACAAACGAUUCUGGCUGACAAUCCUGCCAAGACAAUCUGCCACAGUUCUUGCCAAAGACCAAGUCAAACUUAA